AUUGUUUGUUAUCGAUGGCACUUAAUAGCACUUAUAUAAAUAAAAGAUCACCAGGACGUUGCUGCACUUUAGUAAGCAAGAAGAAUGCGUGGAGUAAUUGCUUUUAUUGUCGGCUUCUAUUCAGCCUGCGUAGUCGCAGCGCCUCAGUCGCGGAUCGUCGGUGGAUCUACAGCUGUUAUCAAUUCCUACCCAUAUGUUGCUGCCGUACUGCGUUCUUCAGACAAUGUCACCUUUUCGCAAGUCUGUGUUGGCUCCAUAAUUAAUACAAGAUCUAUACUUACUGCGGCUAGCUGCAUUUUUAAAGAUAAUAGCAGUUACUGGCGUAUACGGGUUGGGUCGAGUUUUGCGAAUACUGGCGGGAAAGUGCACAAUGUCCAGAGUAUUAUCCUUCAUCCCUACUUCAAUCCUGGGUCUUUGGACAGUGAUAUAGCUAUUCUGCGAUCUACGAAGAAAUUUGAAUUCAAUAAUACGGUGCAAGCCGGGGUCAUUGCCGGAUCUUCGUAUAUGCUGAACGAUAACCAGCCCGUGUGGGCUGUUGGAUGGGGUUCUACUUAUUAUGGCGGUCCUCCAUCUGACCUGCUACGUCAUGUCCAAAUAUGGACUGUCAAUCAGCAGAUUUGCGCAAGUCGUUACAAGGCUUUGGGUUACGCUGUGACCAACAAUAUGCUGUGUUCUGGAUGGUUGGAUGUAGGAGGCCGGGAUCAAUGUCAGAACGAUGUUGGAGGACCACUAAUUCAUAACAACGUCAUAGUGGGAAUCGCAUCUUGGGGCUACGGAUGUGGACUACCCACUUAUCCUGGUGUGAACACACGUGUGUCCAGGUUUACAUCCUGGAUCCAAGCCAAUGCCUAAGAUUUGACCCGUAAUAAAGUAUCAGGAGAUUCUACGUCGCCUUUUCUAUGAAUAUGAAUAGCAUCAAUUUAAAAUAAAGAAGAAUAUAAUAAG